AUGAAAUUCUCAAUUGUUGCCGUUGCUGCUUUUGCAACCUACUCAUUGGCUGCUCCCAUUGCAAAUGCUGAAGCUGAAGCUGAAGCCAAGGCUAGUCCAUGGUUUUUGAGUAAGCUUUUGAGUCACAAGUCCAGCAGUUACGGUAGCAGCUGUUCCGACUGUUCUUCUUCUGGUUCUACAAACGUUGUAUAUGUUCCAGUUUCUUCAGGAACAACUACUACUCAAACCUCAACUACUGUAGUCAAUGGUGGGGAUGGAGGUUCUGGAGGUGCUGGCGGAGCUGGUGGUGCUGGAGGUGCUGGAGGAAGUGGUACUGGAGCUGGCGGUGGAGGCGGUGGUGGUGCUGGUGGUGCCGGCGGUGGUGGUGGUGCCUCAAGUUCUGGUGCUGGAGGCGGUGCCGGAGGCGGUGGUGGUUCUGGCGGUGGUGGUGGUGCCGGAACCGGAGGUGCAUCUGGUGGAAGCGGUGGAAUUGCCAGUGGCACCACCAGUGGUGGUGGGUCUGGCGGAACAAGUAGCACCACAACGACCUCGGGCAACUCUGGCACCAGUUCAGGGACUACUGACAACACUUCUACAGGAAGCACUUGCACAACACAAUGCUCCUAG